AUGAAGUUAGACGAAAUAACACCCGAAGAUAGCCUCGACAGUGUUCCGGAAAGUAUUUUAUCAAGUCUAGUUGGCAAUACAUAUGCUGUUGAGUCAAUAAAUGAUGUCUUAAUAAUGCUUUCGAAGGAGUCUGGCUUUUCCGAACUAUUCAGUGAAAGUGAACAGAAAUGGUUCGAAAAUUUUAGAAAUUUAUCAAAUCUUUCCAAAUCAUUGAUUAUUCGCUUAUAUGGUCGGUCUCAAAAGAUUUUCCGAAAAUCAGACCUCAUGAAAAUUAUUCCGAAUGAUAUUGAUCAGUGCUUAAGAGAAUUAAACGGUUUAAGAUUUCUUUGUACAGAUAUGCAGCCGUUAUCAAGCGAAAUGUUGAUACAUGCUCUUAACCGACAGGAGCUGGACCAGUUAGCUGGGAUGUACAACAUUAAGAAUUUCAAAAGUUUAACAAUGAUUCAGUUAAGAGACACCUUGUUGAAGACUUCAUCUGUCUCACCUAUGGCUUCAUUUUUCAAAGUUUCUAUUCAGAGUAAAGAUAGACUUAAAGGAUUAAUAACUCGAAUUCUUCAUGGUUGCUGGUAUGUGGACGAGACAUACACGCAGUUAAUUACUCGAUUACUUUGGUUAACGUCUCUUGGUUCUGAAUCAGCAUUUAAUAGACCAAAUAAAUUGCAAUCGAUUGAAGCCAUUAUGAAAGCUGAGCUAUAUGCAAUGAUGCUUGUCCGUCGAGGUGAACUUGUCUUUCCGUCAUAUGUAGUCAAUCGUAAAUCUACAAUAUAUCGUACAAGUGACGAAUUCCAAAAGUUUCUAGAAUUCAUGAGUUUGGAAAUCCGAUUAGAAUAUUUAAUUAGUCAAAAAUCAUAUGAUCUUGCUUUACAAUUAUGUUUGGAUAAGAAAACUAAGUUAAUCGCUGAAGUUAUGAACCUUUCGUUUCGUCGCAUUGAUCUACCUCAGUUUCUACGGCGUUUCACUUCACCAUACCGUGCAUUUCGUUCAUUGCUAUUAAUGAUCGAUAUAUAUGAACGUCAAAGAAAGUAUACUGAAGCCAUUAAACUAAUUGAAACAUUAUUAUCUUUAACUUGGUCAUUACAUAAUGAUGACAAAUUUUUAAACUUAAAAUUAACUGGUUGUGUUCUAGAUCAACUUGGUCCUUGUCGCUUAGGCUAUCUGUUAAAUCGUUAUAUCAUUAAUCAAGGCACACAUGAGAAACAACCAAUUAAAGCAUUUAAGUAUGUGACUAAUUACUUCAAAUUAUACAAUGAAUGUCAGUGUCUUAGAGCUGGUCGUCGUUUAACAAUUCAUGAACAGCUGAUGAAAUUGUUUGAUGGAGUGAAAAAAGAAGAAAAUAAUCACCGUAGAUCAAAAAAUGGUCAUACUAUUGCUGCUGCUACUACCACUACAAAUGUUACUAAUAAUAGACCACCGAAUGCUGGUGGUAAUAAAAAUAAUGCUUCUGACUGUAAUGAAAUAAAAAAUACAACUACUCAAGUAAAACGUAGAAGAAUUCAAAAACUUGUCAAUAUUGACAGUAAAUAUUGUAAGAAUAACAAUCAUAGUACUGAAGAGGUUUAUCAUACAAAUGAAAUUUUUAUUGACAGUGAAAACGAAGAACUACUCACGGUGAUACCUUCGCUUGUGAUUGAUAUCAAAGAACCGCCUAAAGUUGAAAUUACUGCUCCCGUUAAUGCAUCAGCUAAAGAAAUCGGUACACAUCGUCCACAUUAUGUAUGGUUUGAAAAUACUUCACCGAAUAAACUUCAACAACAGCGAUCACCUCAAGAAUCCAAUACUUUGUUACUUACAGUUGAACAAUGGACUGUACGCUAUUAUAUGGCUAAUAAAAAUUUUGAACACGGCAUACAUUGUGAAUCCCAAGUCUAUCAUCUUUUAUUCUGCAUACUUUUUUAUGAUAUUUUAUUCGAAAUAUCACCAUCUCCACUGGAUGUCUUCUAUUCAUAUCGUCAGUCAGCACCAUUAGAUUUGUUUACAGAUGAAUUUUAUCAGUCGAGAAAAGAUUUAAUCGAUGCUAGAUUGCAAUGGCUCUUGGCUGUUGACCAAUCAGAUGAUCAUUCUAAUUCUUUGGAAUUUCGUAUCCAUACUUAUUGGGAGAUGCAUAAUGGUGAACGCUGUUUGUGGGCUAAUUGGGAUUUAUUGAAAAAUUCACAGGAGCUUAUAGAUAUAUUUUGGUGUCUUGGACCUUGUGUCGUUCACGAUGUUUGUUGUAAAUUAGCUACAGACUACAGAAGUUGGAGGUCGGGUCUUCCUGAUCUUUUAUUAUGGAGUCCUACAGAAACGCGAGCUAAGAUUGUAGAAGUUAAAGGACCCGGAGACCAUUUAUCCACUCAACAAAUAAUGUGGCUUGAUGUACUUGUCCGGGCUGGUGCCGAUGUAGAAAUCUGUUUAAUAUCAGCUGAACCACUAAAAUCGCUUCGUUCAAAAUUCAACUAUUGA